AGGUUGCAGAUGAUCGCAUCGAGGGUUAGCCUGUGAAACCCUUACCCUUAUUUUUGUUUUUGGCUUCUUUGCCUUCCAAUUUUUUUCUCCCUGCGGCGAUUAGUGCUGUUCCUCCCGAUUUCCUCAGAAGUCCGGGGCAAUUUUCUCAGCGGUUGGCCGUGAGAUUUUUGCCGACAAGAAAUAUCUCAAAUCAUACAGCCUAUAAAGGUGAUCUCUCGGGACUCUGCUUCCGGGAGCGCAUUUGAUACUCGAUCUUACGGAUCUGCUGUUCAGAGGCCCUGCCGGGAUUUGUGCCGCACUGAUCUGGCCACAUAAUCGUGGCCUAAGGGCGCUGAUCCGAUCCGGUGUUGGCGGGAACCCUUAUUGUAGAAAUCUCUAUUGGGGUUUCAGGCCGUGAGAAGGCAUAAUUCUAUGAACCGCAUAGGGAGGGAUCUGAGAUUUUUUGAUGCUGCUGAUGCCACCGGCAAAUUGUCCUCGCAUGAAUGGCUUCCGCGCUGCUGGCGAGUCGAAAUGAGACGCGGGAUCAGCAGCACCGUUGGGUGGAGAAAAAGGUUUACAUGAGGAAGGGUUCCGGCAAAACGGGUUCAUCGAAGCCCGGGUUCGAUUUCCAGCAGUCUCGCAACGGUAACGGCAAUAGCGGCCGUGAGCUAGUUAUGGCCGGCGGCGGCGGCGGCCGUGAGAUGGUAAUGGCGGGCGGCGGUAGCCGUGACCUGGUUUUGGCCGGCGGCGGCCAUGAUAGGCUAGAGGUUGCGGCAAUGGCGUCCGAUGAUUCGUCGAGCUUUAACAGGAAAUCUAUCAAUGUUAACCAUGAUGCUGCAGCCAUGGAUAGGGGCCUGCGUGAUGUGGAUACUUUUGUUACUUUUAAUAUUAGUUCUUAUUCUGCAGAUAGGGUUCGAGAGCUAAGGAGAAAAUUAACUCAGGAGUUAGAACAGGUUAGGAGUUUGUACGGUAGGUUAGAGGCCAAAGAAGCGCAGUUAAGGUGCGGCGGAGGUGGUUAUUCCAAUGUAAACGCUAGCUAUAGCGCCUCUCAAUUUUCAGGAAAUGACGCUCGCAAUAACUAUGGUGGUAAGGAAGUGACCUCUGGUUUAGCGGGUAAUCAAGGUUUAGGUUUAGCCCAUGGUCAACGGCCUCUGCCUCUGAGCAUUGAAAGUAAUAUGACCGUGGGGUGUGACAGUGGAGCUGCUAAGGAAAAACGAACCCCGAAGGCGAAUCAGUACUAUCGAAACUCAGAGUUUCUUACCGGCAAGGAUAAGAUGCCGCCGCCGGAAAAUAAGAAGUCUGGUAUUCAUAAAAGAUCUGCACAGGGUAAGUUGGAUGGAAGGGAACCGAAGAGGCCAGUGGCUGAUCCGGUUGCUGGUAAACAGCUGGCAGAAGUGAUGAAACAGUGCGGGUUAUUGUUAACGAAGCUGAUGAAACACCGAUUUGGGUGGGUUUUCAAUACUCCGGUAGAUGUUAUUGGGCUAGGGUUACAUGACUAUAAUGCGAUAAUUAAGCAUCCCAUGGAUCUAGGCACUGUGAAAUCAAAGCUUAAUGAGAGUCAGUAUGGCUCGCCUCUUGAUUUUGCGGCGGAUAUAAGAUUGACUUUUAAUAAUGCCACGACUUAUAAUCCAGAAGGGCAUGAUGUUCAUGGCAUGGCUAAGCUUCUGCUUCAGUUUUUCGAAGAGCGAUGGAAGCCGCUUAUUGAAAAGUAUGAGCACGAGAAGAGGAAGCUUCAGUUUAAUUCAUGGUCGGAUGAUCGGUUCCAUGGCGGUGUUGGUCAGAAUGUGAAACAAUUACCUAUCAAUGAGGUACAGAAGAAAAAUCUGAAAAAAACCGAACCUAUACUUGGCCCAUCUCCGCCUCCACCUAAGGCGGCGAAGCCCAAGAGUAGUUCUGCGGCUCGAACCCCUGCUCCCAAAAAACCCAAGGCUAAAGACCCACAAAAGCGAGAAAUGAGCUUCGAGGAGAAGCAGAAAUUGAGUGGCAGCUUGCAGAGCCUGCCUCCGGAGAAGCUGGAGAAUAUUGUUCAGAUCAUCAAGAAGAGAAAUCCCGCAUUGUGCCAGCAGGAGGAUGAGAUUGAGGUUGAUAUUGAUUGCUUUGAUACGGAGACGCUUUGGGAGCUUGACAGGUUUGUCAAUAACUGUAAGAAGAACAUGAGCAAGAACAAGAAAAAGGCAACAAAUGGGGCCGACCAAAUACAAGAAGCAAUUACUAAUGCAAAUAACGAGGUUACAACUAGGGAAAAGUCCCCCGAUGCUGUGCCGGAUGAUGCCCUAAAGAAAGCGAACAAGAAGGGAGAUCAAGGUGAAGAGGAUGUUGAUAUAGACGAUGAUAUGCCAUCAACUAAUUUCCCUCCUGUAGAGAUCGAUAAGGAUAAGGAUGGGGGAUACGGAAGCAGAUCAAGCAGUUCUAGUAGCUCUAGCAGUGAUUCUGGUUCUUCUUCAAGUGAUUCUGAUUCUGGGAGCUCUUCCGGGAGCGAUUCAGAGGGCGAGGAUGCAAAUUCUGCUGGUGCAGGAUCAAAGGCAUUGCCCGCUAGGAGCUAAGAGCAGAACUCAACGGAUCGUUGUUGGUAGCAGAAAAUGGGUGAGUAUAAAUGUUGGUUCAUUUGAUUUGAACCUCUAGUGUCAGGCUUUUAUUAAAUACCCCCCUGUAGUGUAAUUGGCUAUGUUAUGAGUAUAGCCUAACAUUUAAAACUGAUUUUUUUGGGAACACGUUCAUGUUUCUUGGUUGAACCAGAACAUUUAGUCGCACGUUCUGAGAGUGUUUAUAUGACUAGUAGGUACUGACAUUAGUUUGGUUUAAUACCAAAAUGAAAUGCAGAAAAUAUAUUGCUUUUCAUGAAAAUGUAUCUCAAGGUUGAAGGUUUCUGACAAAAUCUAAAGAAGAAUUACCACUGUAGGAGAGUGCAGAAUUCCCCAGAGAAUUGGGAAGUCUAAUUGAAUCUAUUGUAGGCCAACAGGUAGGGUUGCCAUGUUUUAAAGAGUGUGCUCAGUAGCAUACCUUGAUUCUUAUAUUUGAAAAUCCAAGAGUCUUUUUUUAGGUUGAUUUAGUACUAAAAAAACUCAUGGUAGAUAAAUAGUAUGGGACUGUAAUUUAGUGCAAGUCUGCGUGAUACGUGCAGGUCUAUGAGCUGGUUCUUCAAGUGGCUUUUGGAACCUUUAAUGACCAGCGAUGGGCUAGAUGUGAUAUGAUUCCGUUAUAGCACCCCAUUAAUUUAUGGACUGUGAGUGCGUUUCAUUAGAUCUCCUCAUAUUAACCAAAUGCUAGCAACAACUAAUUUACUUGUUUGACAAUCUUGAUGUUACCUGAUUUCUACUGAAUUGCUGUCCAUGUCCAUUACUAGUUAAAAAACUGGAAGGGGAUUUUACCUUUUAGCUUAACAAAAUCUGAUGAGUUCACUAUGGUUGCUUCAAUUGUACUUAAACAUGUAUGGAUGAGAAAUUACUGUUGUUGCACCAAAUAGCAUAAUAACUUUCUGUUGGGAUGCAUAUGCAGACCGUGGAGUGAAGGCAUGUUUGAUGAGGGUAGCAGCUAGCUCAGCAUUGCUUUUGCUCCAAGCAAGUAAAAUUGUGCAUACGAUAAAUGUGGACAUGGACAGCAGUGUAAUGUAACGGAAUCAGUGCAGUGCAGUCUUCACGGGUGUACCAUACAAACAAUUCAUACCAUUUUUUCAUCCUUAGUAUCUAUUCUGUGGAAAGUAAGUGGAGGGGAGGAAUAACUCCCAUGCAUACACGUACGAGUACAAUCAACAGAAUCUGCCCCAGAAAGGAUUUGAAGUUGUGUUAUGUAAAGCGGAUAUUGUCAUAUGGCCUUUCGGGUUGUGUAACGUGACAAAAUGUAUCAUAAAUUGAAGGAAGGCCUUUGUCAAAUUUGGACGAA